AUGCCUGAGACCGUCGGCCACGAGGAGCCGGCUCUUCCCUCGAGCCCCCAGGCUGGAGGAGCCGUUGCGUACAACGCAAUUAGCAAAGACUUGCAACCCCUUCCCCCAACGGAAACCGCCAAUGGCGGCAUCAUUGCUCCUGCGUCCUCAAGGAUUGAAGGCAGCACAGGGCGACUGUGUGCGCUCGAGCUUGAGGAUGGCACAGUCUACCAGGGUUACAACUUUGGUGCUGAGAAGAGUGUAGCAGGAGAGCUGGUCUUCCAGACCGGUAUGGUGGGAUACCCAGAGUCCGUCACGGAUCCCUCCUACCGUGGCCAGAUCCUUGUUAUCACCUUCCCUCUCGUCGGCAACUAUGGUGUGCCCUCGCGGGAGACCAUGGACGAGCUGCUCAAGACAUUACCGAAGCACUUCGAGUCCACCGAAAUCCACAUUGCGGCCCUCGUCGUUGCGACAUAUGCCGGAGAGAACUACUCUCACUUCCUUGCCGAGUCAUCACUGGGCCAGUGGCUCAAGGAGCAAGGUGUUCCGGCCAUUCACGGUGUCGACACCCGUGCCCUGACCAAGCGCAUCCGCCAAAAGGGUAGCAUGCUUGGUCGCUUGCUGCUCCACAAGGCCGACGUUGCUGAAAGCGAUGCCGCUCUGGUUCAGGACACUUGGAAGUCUUCCUUUGAACAGGUUGACUGGGUCGACCCCAACACCAAGAACCUCGUUGCUGAGGGUAAGCCACCAAUUCCAUCUUUUCAUGUCAAAUCUAACUUCUCAGUGUCCAUCCGCGAACCGAAACUCUUCUCCCCUCCUGAAAACGUUGCUUUGAAGCACCCCUCCGGCCGCCCUAUCCGUGUUCUGUGCUUGGACGUCGGUCUCAAGUUCAACCAGCUGCGUUGCUUGCUUGCCCGCGGCGUCGAGGUCCUCGUUGUUCCUUGGGACUAUGAUUUCCCCACACUUGCUGGCAAGGACUACGAUGGUCUUUUUGUCUCGAACGGUCCCGGUGACCCUGCUACGAUGACUACCACAGUCAACAACCUGGCCAAGACCAUGCAGGAGGCAAGGACUCCUAUCUUUGGUAUCUGUCUUGGACACCAAUUGAUCGCCCGCUCAGUUGGCGCUCAAACCUUGAAGAUGAAGUUUGGUAACCGUGGUCACAACAUCCCUUGCACGAGCUUGGUGACUGGCAAGUGCCACAUUACCUCGCAAAACCACGGUUACGCAGUUGAUUCUUCCACUCUGCCCAGCGACUGGCAAGAGCUGUUCGUCAACGCCAACGACGGCAGUAAUGAGGGUAUCCGCCACGUCAGCCGCCCUUACUUCAGUGUCCAAUUCCAUCCUGAGAGCACACCCGGUCCCCGUGACACAGAGUACCUCUUCGACGUAUUCAUCAACGCUAUCCAAGACACUAUCGCUUCACCUGAAGCCCUUGAGAAGCCUGUCAACUUUCCCGGUGGCACCGUCGCCGAAAACACCAAGGCUUCUCCCCGUGUCUCUGUCAAGAAGGUCCUGAUCCUUGGAAGUGGAGGUCUCAGCAUUGGUCAGGCCGGUGAAUUCGAUUACUCCGGAAGUCAGGCUAUCAAGGCCUUGAAGGAGGAAGGAAUUUACACUGUCCUGAUCAACCCCAACAUUGCCACCAUCCAAACCUCCAAGGGUCUGGCAGACAAGGUGUAUUUCUUGCCGGUCAACGCCGACUUCGUUCGCAAGGUCAUCAAGCACGAGCGUCCCGAUGCCAUCUACGUUACCUUUGGUGGUCAGACUGCCCUCCAGGUUGGUAUCCAGCUCAAGGAUGAGUUCGAGGAGCUCGGUGUCAAGGUUCUUGGUACCCCGAUUGACACCAUCAUCACCACCGAAGAUCGUGAGCUCUUUGCGCGCAGCAUGGACUCUAUCGGCGAAAAGUGCGCCAAGUCCGCUUCCGCUUCUAGUCUCGAAGAGGCCUUGCAAGUGGUUGAGAGCAUUGGUUUCCCCGUUAUCGUCCGUGCUGCCUAUGCUCUUGGUGGUCUUGGAAGUGGUUUCGCUGAUAACAUGGAUGAACUCAAAGAGCUCUGUGCUAAGGCCUUUGCUGCCAGUCCCCAGGUCCUGAUUGAAAGGAGUAUGAAGGGAUGGAAGGAAAUCGAGUACGAGGUCGUUCGUGAUGCCAGGGACAACUGUAUCACCGUCUGUAACAUGGAGAACUUUGACCCCCUUGGUAUCCACACCGGUGACUCUAUUGUCGUUGCCCCGUCUCAAACACUCUCUGACGAGGACUACAACAUGCUGCGCACGACCGCUGUCAACGUCAUCCGUCACCUUGGCGUUGUUGGAGAGUGCAACAUUCAAUACGCUCUGAACCCCUACUCCAAGGAGUACUGCAUCAUUGAAGUCAACGCCCGUCUUUCCCGAUCGUCCGCGCUUGCUUCGAAGGCUACUGGAUACCCUCUUGCUUUUAUUGCGGCCAAGCUUGGAUUGAACAUCCCGCUCAAUGAAAUCAAGAACUCCGUUACCAAGGUUACUUGUGCCUGCUUCGAGCCUUCCCUCGAUUACUGCGUUGUCAAGAUCCCUCGUUGGGAUCUGAAGAAGUUUACUCGUGUCUCCACACAGCUUGGCUCGUCCAUGAAGAGUGUUGGUGAGGUCAUGGCCAUCGGCCGAACGUUCGAAGAAGCUAUUCAAAAGGCCAUCCGGUCGGUGGACUUCCACAACCUUGGCUUCAACGAGACCAACGCCCUCAUGUCUAUCAAGACUGAGCUGCAGACUCCUUCCGAUCAGCGUCUGUUUGCCAUUGCCAACGCCAUGGCUGCCGGCUACAGCGUCGAUGAUAUCUGGAAACUCACCAACAUUGACAAAUGGUUCUUGACCAGACUCAAGGGUCUGAGUGACUUUGGCAAGCUCAUGACCACCUUCAACGCCAGCACCGUCACUGCCCCUCUCCUUCGGCAGGCCAAGCAGCUCGGUUUCUCUGACCGUCAGCUCGCCAAGUUCUUGAGCUCCAACGAGCUGGCCAUCAGACGUUUGCGUGUCGAGGCUGGUAUCAUUCCCAUUGUCAAGCAGAUCGAUACAGUUGCGGCUGAGUUCCCUUCGGUUACUAACUACCUGUAUCUGACCUACAACGCCUCCGAGCACGAUGUCAAGUUUGAUGACAACGGCAUUAUGGUCCUGGGAUCUGGAGUCUACCGUAUUGGUUCCUCCGUCGAGUUUGAUUGGUGCUCAGUGAGAACUAUCCGUACCCUCCGCGAGCAGGGACACAAGACAGUGAUGGUCAACUACAACCCUGAAACUGUCAGUACCGAUUACGACGAGGCUGAUCGUCUGUACUUUGAGAACAUCAACCUGGAAACCGUGCUCGACAUCUACCAGCUCGAGUCUUCUAGCGGUGUGAUCAUGUCCAUGGGUGGUCAGACUCCCAACAACAUCGCUCUUCCCCUGCACCGCCUCAACGUCCGCAUCCUCGGUACCUCGCCUGAGAUGAUUGAUGGAGCCGAGAACCGUUACAAGUUCUCCCGCAUGCUUGACCGUAUUGGCGUCGACCAGCCUGCCUGGAAGGAACUUACCAGCAUCGAGGAGGCCCGCGAAUUCUGCGACAAGGUCGGCUACCCAGUGCUUGUUCGACCUUCCUAUGUGCUGUCAGGUGCGGCCAUGAACACUGUUUACUCCGAGCACGAUCUUGCAAGCUACCUUAACCAGGCUGCCGAUGUCUCGCGUGAACACCCGGUUGUCAUUACCAAGUACAUUGAGAACGCCAAGGAGAUUGAGAUGGACGCAGUUGCUCGCAAUGGUGUUAUGGUUGGCCAUUUCAUUUCUGAGCACGUCGAAAACGCUGGUGUCCACUCUGGUGACGCUACCCUCAUCCUCCCUCCCCAGGACUUGGACCCCGAGACUGUUCGACGAAUCGAAGAGGCUACUCGCAAGAUCGGAAACGCCCUGAAUGUCACUGGUCCAUACAACAUCCAGUUCAUCGCCAAGGACAACGACAUCAAGGUCAUCGAGUGUAACGUCCGAGCCUCUCGUUCGUUCCCAUUCGUGUCCAAGGUUAUGGGAGUUGAUCUCAUUGAGAUGGCGACCAAGGCCAUGAUUGGUGCUCCCUUCGCCGAGUACCCGCCUGUCACCAUCCCCAAGGAUUACGUCGGUGUCAAGGUUCCGCAGUUCUCGUUCUCUCGACUUGCUGGUGCCGAUCCUGUCCUGGGUGUCGAGAUGGCGUCUACCGGAGAGGUCGCCUCGUUCGGUCGUGAUAAGUACGAGGCCUACCUGAAGGCCCUGCUGUCCACCGGAUUUAAGCUUCCCAAGCGCAACAUCCUGCUGUCCAUUGGUUCCUACAAGGAGAAGAUGGAGAUGCUGCCUUCGAUCAUCAAGCUUCGCGAUGUUGGUUUCGAGCUUUUCGCCACCUCUGGUACUGCAGACUUCCUCAAGGAGAACGGCGUCCCCGUCAAGUACCUUGAAAUUCUCCCUGGCGAAGACGAGGACAUCAAGUCCGAGUACUCGCUCACCCAGCACCUGGCCAACAACCUGAUUGAUCUCUACAUCAACUUGCCCUCCAGCAACCGAUUCCGCCGACCUGCCAACUACAUGAGCAAGGGUUACCGCACUCGUCGUAUGGCCGUUGACUACCAGACCCCCUUGGUUACCAACGUCAAGAACGCCAAGAUCUUGAUCGAGGCCAUUGCCCGUCACUUUGCGCUUAACGUCCAGACUAUCGACUACCAGACCAGCCACCGUCAAAUCAUCCUGCCUGGUCUGAUCAACAUCGGUGCUUUUGUUCCUGGUCUUGGAAGCGCAGACAGCAAGGACUUUGAGGCUGUGACUAAGGCUUCCAUUGCCGCUGGUUUCAGCAUGGUCCGCGUCAUGCCCGUUGGCGUCAACUCUUCCAUCACGGAUGCCCGCACCCUGAAGCUUGUCCAGCAGAAUGCCGCCAAGGGCUCUUUCUGCGACUACAACUUCUCCGUUGUCGCUACAUCCUCAAACUCUGCGGAGCUCGGACAGUUGAUUGGCGAGGUUGGCUCUCUGUUCAUCCCCUUCAACCACCUUUCUGGAAACAUCAGCAAGGUUGCCGCUGUCACCAGCCACUUCGGCGCAUGGCCCUCGAGCAAGCCCAUCAUCACAGAUGCCAAGUCGACCGAUCUUGCUUCUGUCCUGCUCUUGGCCAGUCUCCACAGCCGCAACAUUCACGUCAUGAGCGUCACCUCCAAGGAGGACAUCAGGCUCAUCGCCCUCAGCAAGGAAAAGGGUCUCAAGGUCACCUGUGAUGUCUCGAUCUACUGCCUCUUCCUUUCUCGGGAUGACUACCCCGAGGCGGCCUUCUUGCCCACUGCGGAAGACCAAAAGGCUCUGUGGGAGCACCUCAGCACUAUCGAUAUCUUCUCUAUCGGUAGUAUCCCUUACCAGCUUGCCGGUGACAAGGGAUCACCCGCUGCUGGCAUCGCCGAGGCGCUGCCUCUGCUGUUCACCGCCGUCUCCGAGGGCCGUUUGACCGUGGAGGACAUCAUUGCUCGUCUGUACGAGAACCCCAAGAAGAUCUUUGAGCUCCACGACCAGUCGGACAGCUCAGUUGAGAUUGAGAUCGACCGUCCUUACCUCUACCAGAGCGCUCAGGCUUGGUCGCCCUUCAACGGCAAGAGCGUCAAGGGCCUUGUUCAGCGCGUCAUCUUCCAGGGCAAGACUUCUUGCCUUGACAGUGCCAUUACUCCCGAUGCUCCCAAGGGAUCCGACAUGUCUGGCCACCGCAUCGUACCUGCGUCCCCCUCGCUGAAGACCAUGUCCCCGCGCGUCGAUGACCGCAGGCAGUCUAUCUCCAUUGCCGGCACCCCUGCUCGCAUGGCCCGCAAGCCUGUGGAUCAGUUCCCUGCCGCCAGUGGCCACGAGCUUGGCCCUCCGCUGUACACUCCCGUGCCGCGCGCCUCCUCCCCGCUGCUCCAGAUGCUCUCUCGUUCUCCCUUCAAGCAAAAGCACGUGCUCUCCGUGAACCAGUUCAACCGAUCUGACCUUCACCUGCUUUUCACCGUGGCGCAAGAGAUGCGUCUCGGUGUCCAGCGUGAGGGUGUCCUUGAUAUCCUCAAGGGCCGUCUUCUCUGCACCCUCUUCUACGAGCCUUCCACCAGGACUUCCGCUUCGUUCGACGCUGCUAUGCAGAGGCUUGGAGGACGCACGAUUGCCAUCUCCACCGAGCACUCCUCCACCAAGAAGGGCGAGACUCUCCAGGACACCCUCCGUACCCUUGGCUGCUACGGUGACGCCGUUGUCCUGCGCCACCCCGAGCCGAGCAGCACUGAGGUCGCUGCCAAGUUCUCUUCUGUUCCCGUUAUCAACGGUGGAAACGGCAGUGUUGAGCACCCUACCCAGGCCUUCCUCGACCUCUUCACCAUCCGUGAGGAACUUGGAACUGUUGGUGGCUUGAUCAUCACCUUCACCGGUGACCUCAAGUACGGACGCCCUGUGCACUCGCUCAUCAAGCUGCUCCAGUUCUACGAUGUCCGCGUCCAGCUCGUUGCACCCAAGGACCUGUCCUUGCCCGCGGACAUUCGCCAGCAGCUUGUCGCAAACGGCCAGCUGCUCGCCGAGUCUGAGACCCUUACCCCCGAGAUUGUCGCUCGCUCCGACGUUCUCUACUCCACCCGUGUGCAAAAGGAGCGCUUUUCCGACCUUGCUCAGUACGAGCGCCUCAAGAACAGCUUCAUCAUUGACAACGCUCUUCUCAAGCACGCCAAGAGCCACAUGGUCGUGAUGCACCCUCUCCCCAGAAACGCCGAAGUCUCCGAGGAGGUUGACUUUGACCAGCGGGCAGCCUACUUCCGACAGAUGAGAUACGGUCUCUACUGCCGGAUGGCCUUGCUUGCAUUGAUCAUGGCGCCUUAG